AGCAACCACAAGAGGCGUCUGCUUCCACAAGUUGUAGCUUCAAUGUUAUCUAAUCACUUCAAAUUUGGCAACUCUUUUCCUUCCGUAAAUAACAAUAUAUAACUCCCCUCCUUUCAUUCUUCUUCUCAAUCAUCAUCCCAAUAGAAAACACUGAAAUAUCCAAAAAUAUGAGUACUACAACAAUCAGUUCCUUUGCCUUCUUCUUCCUCCUACUUGGGGUUCUCCUACAUGUUGGUGUUGCCGUCGAACAUAAGGUCGGCGGCAAUUUUGGUUGGAACCUACCCUCCACUCCCACCUUCUUCUCCGAUUGGGCUAGCAACAGAACUUUCUUCGUUGAUGAUAAACUCAUAUUUGAAUCAAGAUCCAACGAGGUCCACUCCAUUGGUCAGCCAAUUUCUCAAGCGGAUUUUGACGGCUGUGUCAAUCCAAGCUUUGUUUUUAGAAAAGUUCAGUUCAUUUCCUUAAGCCAACCCAUGCGUCGAUAUUUCAUGUCGACCUUUGGAGAUGAUUGCGAAGCAGGCAUGAAAUUUGCUAUUAAUAUUUUACCAAAACCUAGAAACUCCGCAGCCAAAGUUGGGGCAUGGCCUAUGCUUCUCUUUUCUAUUGCAACUAUAAUGGCCAAUUUGUUCAUGUUUUGAGAUAUAUGUGACCAAGUCAAGUGGUUUCUAUGUUUGGAAAUUUUAUUAUUCUUUUCUUAGCCAAUUGUAAUAAAGUAUUGUGUGGUGUGUGACUUGACAUACAUUCACAUGUUUCAAUAAAUGUGAUUGAAGUAAUGUUUCAUAUAUGAAUGUUAAGUUUGGGAGAUUUCAUGAA